AAUGAUAAAUAAAAAGCCACGUGCGUUUUUGACAUUUGAAAGACGUUUUGUUUAGAAAUAGUGUCAAAAGUAAUUGUCAGUUAUAUGUAAAAAUGUGAAAUAAUUGAAAGUUGUCGUUAAACGGAAGUAAAUAAUUUGAGAUAAAAAAACAAUUUUUAAUUAUGCUGGAUAAGGAAUUUUUACGAGCAUCACAAAAAGGAGAUUUAUCAAAACUUAUUAACCUAAAAAAUGAUAUUAAUGAUUGGUCAUUAAUUCGACAUAGUUCUUCGGGUGACAGUCCCUUGCAUAUUGCAGCACGUGAAGGUCAUUUGGAAAUUGUGCGAUUUUUAUGUGAAAAUUGGAAAGAACAAAAAUGCACGAUUGAAGUUGUUAAUCUUGAGAUGAAAACUCCUUUACAUGAAGCCGCACAAUUUUCGAGAACUUCUGUUGUUGAUUAUCUUAUUAAAAAAGAUGCAAAUGUUAAUACUUUAAAACGCGCUGAUUGGACUCCACUGAUGUUGGCUUCAACAAAAACAGGAUCCGAUGCUUAUCACUGUAUUAAAUCUUUAUUAAACGCUAAUGCAAAUUUAUCUAUUAAAAAUAAGGAUGGAUGGACAGCCUUUCAUUUGGCUUGUCGUUCGGCUGACAUUAAUAUUGUGAAACUUUUAUUAGAAUACUCGCCAAAAUGUAUUGAGGCCAAGAGCAACAAUGGACGAAAUGCUUUACAUAUUGCUGCAUUUCAUGGAUGCAAAAAUAUAAUUGAAUUAUUGGCAUCGAAAAAUUGUGAAUUAUUAAAUGCACGUGAUUCGUCUGGUUCAACAUCAUUGCAUGAAUCGAUAAAAAGCAAAAAUUUAGAAAUAACAAAACUUUUAAUAAAACUUGGCGCUGAUAUUACUAUUGUUGACGAUGUUAAACAAAAUAUUCUUCAUAUUGCCGCUGCCGUGGGAAAUAUCGAUACUGUUCAAUACGUUUUGGAAUGUAACUUGAUCGACGUUCAAUCAGAGGCUCUGUUUCAUAUUACGCCAUUAGUUGCUGCAAAGCGAAACGCUCAAUAUGAUAUUGUUGAAUUAUUGUUAAAAUAUUCCUCUGAUAAUAAACGUGAAGAUGUAUAGAUUUUAACUCAAUAUCAGUUACUUGGCAAAAAAAAAAUAAAAUUUAAUUAUUUGCAAAAAACACCCAUGUAUCGAAAAAUAUAUUUAAAUAUUUUAUAAACUAAUUUUUUUUAAAUUUAAUUUCUAUUUCUUUUUUAAUAUAAAAAUUAGUUAACUUUUAUAUCACAGAAAAAAAAGUUGGGAGAAAUAAAACAAAACGAAAUGCAGUGAUUCUUCAGAGAUUGGUACACAUAUAUUUAUUCUGUUUUUGUUUCAGACAGUCUUAGAGAAGCAUAUAAAAUGAAUAAACAAGAUUAUUACAA